AUGGUCAAGCUCACACUCGCCGCCGUCCCCCUGGCACUCGCCGCCAUCGUUGCCGGCAAGCCUGACUUCGAAAAGCGUCAAGCUUCCGGCUCGGGAUCAUCCUCCCGAAGGGUCACCUCGUCGGCCGCUGGCGCUACCGCUGCGGCUCCCACAUCGACGUUUACAGGAUCGCUCCCUGCUUCGGUCUCGUCCAUCCUGGCCGGUGUCUCUUCCGGCCCGGGUGUCACCACCUCGACCACCUCGCUCUUCACCACCUACGCUGCGGGUGCCAAGAAUCCUCAGGUCACCGGCGCGCCCGGCCUUCCGGACAUCAACCAGAUCAGCCCUGCUAACUUCCCCACUCUGGACGUGGUGCCACCUACCAACUCUCCUCAGGUUCAGCAGUGGCUCUCCCAGAUCGACUUCUCCAAAGUGCCCAACGCAACUGUCACAGUGGACUCGGCUUCGUGCUCCGGCAACCCUAGCAACCUCGCCCAAGCUGGCGCCAGUGGCAACUGCUGGUGGACCUGUGGACAGUGCACGCGUUCCACCGACAUUACCACAUGUCCGGACACCAACACCUGGGGUCUCUCGUACGAUGACGGCCCUUCGCCCUACACGCCCACGCUGCUCGAAUACCUUAACCAGAACAAUCUCAAGUCCACCUUCUUCGUAGUGGGUUCGCGCGUCAUCUCGCGUCCCCAGAUGCUCCAGACCGAGUUCCAGCAGGGUCACCAGAUCUCGGUGCACACCUGGUCGCACCCUCCCCUCACGACGCUCACCAACGAGCAGAUUGUCGCCGAGCUUGGCUGGUCCAAGGAGGUCAUCCGCUCCGUCCUCGGCGUCACCCCCAACACCAUGCGACCCCCCUACGGCGACAUCGACGAUCGUGUGCGCGCCAUCUCGCUCCAGAUGGGUCUCACCCCCAUCAUCUGGACCACUCCUCCCGGAGGUCAACCGUACGACACCAACGACUGGCGAAUCGCCGCGGGUGUCGUUUCGGCUGCCGAGGUUGUGUACAACUUUGAGUCGAUCAUCAAGAACGCUUCUUCGCUCUCUACCGGUUACAUCGUGCUCGCUCACGAUCUGUACCAGCAAGCCGUUGAUAUCGCCGUCAACGUUGUGCUGCCUGCCGCUGCGCAGAUGAGCCCUAAGCAGAACCUGAUGCCCAUCGUCCAGUGUCUCAAGAAGCCAAGCUCGGACGCCUACGUAGAGACCUACUCCAACAGCUCUGGCUCGCUGCCCAACGAGACGGGCGCGUCUGGCACUCACCAACUCACCUCGACCAAGGCGGCUGCUGGUUCGCUCGCCUCGGCCACCAGCGGCGGCAGCUCGAGCGGAAGUGGAAGCUCCGGCAAGUCUGCUGCCUCAAUCUCUUCGAUCCCUUCGAUCGUGCUCCCCACCACUGUGCUCGGUGCGGUGAUGCUCUUCUUCGGUCUCCUCGUCUAA